UCCGCCUCUGUUAGUUUCACUUUCACUUCCCAUAACCGCCCACUCUAGAAAUACCUAAAACGCCUCAAAUUUUUUUUUAUGGCUGAGAGUUUCUUCCCCUAGAAGUGGUGUCAUCACUGUUUUUAAUCUCAAUUCCUCUUCAGAUCGUCCGCGUCUGUGCUCAACUUUCGACGCUAAAAGAUAGGCUCUCUCAGUAAUCCUUUGUUUUUCCUUUAGGCCUAAAUUACGUACUUUCAUGAUAGUUUAGCAUACGGAACUCAAAUCUAACGCAGUAUUUAAUCCGAUCCGGUUUGUAGGCAUACCGAUCCACCGUGAAAGAUCCUUAUUUGUCAAUCAUCAUUAGGUCAUCGUCUUCCUGCGUCCAUGGCUCUUCAAGACAGACAUCUGCUUCAUGAUAUUAAUCUAAUAGCCGAGUCUCUUAGCAGCAGUGAACGCAGUUUGCUCCUCUACUUGUGUGAAAACUUGGACACGGACGACAGUGUGACUUUUCUGAAGGAAAUAUUGAGGUCUAAAGCGACGAGCUGUGAGGACGGUCGCCUGUUUCUGGCAGAGCUCGUACUGCAGUUGAGACGUUUUGAUAUCCUGAGGAAGGUGUUCAGAAUCAGCAGGGACGAGGUGGAGAGGAGUCUGAAGUACAGGGAAGUUCUGCCAAGAUUCAGAGUACUGAUGGCUAAUAUAAGUGAGGAUAUGGCCAGUGAAGAUCUGGACAGUGUGAAAUUCUUGUUAGGUGGCACGGUCCCCCGAGAGAGGAUGGACAAGGCAAAGAAUUUCCUGGACAUAAUUACUGAACUAGAGAAGCUGGAUAAAGUUUCAUCUGAACAGGUGGACUUUGUAGAGGAAUGCUUAAGAGACAUCGGCAGGGUCGACCUAGCCAAAAAAGUAAAUAUGUACAAGACAACAGCUGCAACAUCAGAACAAUGUUCGUGUCAACAGCGAAGGCUCAGAGUUCCUUUUCAGACCCCCACCACAAAUAGUUCCCAUUCUCCACGGCAAACAAGACUGGGACAGUCCCUCCACAUUGCUACUGAAAACAUACCAAUGCCUGCAUACAGAGAGCAGAACUAUCAGAGUCCACUAGAUGGGUACAAAUUUAACACUGACCCCAGAGGAGUAUGUGUUAUCAUAGACUGUGUUGGUAAUGAUGGAGAGAUGUUGGAAGAUACAUUUAAGACUCUUCACUUCAAUGUGGUCCUCCACAAAUUGCUGAGUGUGGAUGACACUCUUUCAACUCUCAGAGGGAUUUUUAGACAGAGAGAAAACCAUGGAGGCGAUGGCUUCGUCUGCUGCAUCAUUAGCCGCGGCACGGCCAGUCAUCUCCUGGCUACAGACUCGUACGGCGCAGGUCUACAUCUUGACAUGGUCAGACGUCUUUUCAAUGCGGAUGCGUGCCCCAUGCUGGCUGGCAAACCCAAACUCUUCUUCAUCCAGAGGUACGGUGUCCCCGAGUUCCAGCCCUCUGCCAGGAUGGAGCAUCGGGAUGAGGAUCUGGAGACAGAUGGCUGUAAUUCAGUUCCUACAGAUGCAGACGUGUUUUGGAGUCACUGCUGGACGGAUGAACAUCACCUGCAGCAAGGUUAUCAUCGCUCCAUUUACCUGAAGGCUCUGACAGAUGCCUUACACAAGGGCCAGAGGAGGAAAACAUCUCUUUUCCAUGUUCAUACCGAGGUGAAUGGGGCCGUCUAUGAACAUAACCGCAGGAAUCCUGGAGAGGAAUACCACAUCGAACUGAAACAUACUCUAAGGAAAGAGCUUUACUUACAAUAGAGGAUUUAUAACCAUCACUUUCACCAAACCCUCAAUACUGUCAAUCAGAUCUAUACAUAGCCUACCCCUUGCCAGAGAAGAACCUGUUGUUGUAUUGUUUUUUUUUACUGUGUCUACUAUGACACCUACUGGCUGUAUAAACUCAAAACACUUAAAUUUAUUUUCACAGAUGAAGGAGCAAAACUUAAGUAAGUACUUGUUAUGAAGUGUACUUAUUUAAUGUUUGGAUAUUGUCACUAAAUAUGUAUUUGUAAUUUGUACAUUUUUUUAAUAGUUCGAUAACCAAUACAAACAAUAUGCGCACAAAACAAAACAACAAUAACAGUAAGUAGUUAAAAACAACCCAAGACAAAGAUUUUAGCUCAAUAAAAAGCAUAAUUAAAACCUGUUAUUUUACACUUAAAUUAUAUUGUAUGUAACUUGUCUUUUGAAGCAUUAAUGUGAAUAGCCUUUUUCUUGCCAUACACAGUGCAGCUAAGGCAGGUAUGGAGACAUAGUCCAUGCUUGUAAAGUUUUCAUUGUCAGUAUUACUGUUUUUUAACCCUGUGUUGAAAUAUGAAAAGAAUUUGUGAUGAUGAAGACUGUUAUAAACACUAUAUAUGAUAUUUAUCUAUCUAUCUACCUAUCUGUCUAUUUACAAAAACUUUUAUAUUUGUAAUUUUUAUUUGAUUUUUAAUUCAGAUUUUUUCACUCUGAUUCAUGCAUCUUAUAGUUUUUGUCUUUUUUUAUAAAGCACUCUGUAACUUGUUUUUGAAAAGCGACAUGUAAAUAAACACAACUUUUUAUAUUAAUAUUAACAUAUAUGAGAUACCAGUUUCCAAAAUAGCAAUUCAUUCUAGGCACUGCUAUAUUAUUACAUUUAAAGGGUACUGACAAAAUUUAAGAUUUAAGUGUAAAUUUAACAAAGAGCAGCUAUUUUUUAUGAUUUAAAACAAACUUAACAAUAUAGUCAAACAAUUUGUACCUCAAGUAAUUUGAAAGCUACUUAAUGUAUUUAUGCAUUUCAGUGUCUUUAGACUUUUGUGUUUGCCGUGGAUUUUUUUUCCCUUUAAAUGUUUGUUAUUCUACUGUUUAUGUUUGCUACACCACAAUAAAGUUAAUAUAUACUGUAUCUAAAUAAUGACUAAUAAAAUAUGUGUGACAUUA